UCAGAAAAACACAGUCCACAGAGAGAAGACAAGUCGUUGACAACAUGUUGGUAUUUUUCCUCGCCACCAUUGCCGCAGUGUCGGCACAGACAGUGUAUGAUUCUACCUACCAGUUUGGAUCUCUAGCCAGUCCCAUCGACAAUGUCGUGGUUUUCGACUGUGGCUCUAAUCCUGACCGCGCCUUCAAAAACUGGCAGUUCGUAUUUGACAGAACUGAUCUGGAGUUGCCGGGCAUUUUCACCAUUAUCGACUUUGAUGUUGAUGUAACGAAGCAGGUUGUAGGACCUCUGUUCGCGCGGAUCGAAGCCUGGCGGGCCAUCUGGCUGUUCGGCGGGAUCGGCACCACCAUCCAGGUCCCCUGCCUGCCGGUGGACCCUGUGUACGGCGUCGGGACAUGUGAGUACGGAGACCUUUGCCAGAUUCUGACAGACGGGAAGCCCUUCGACGCCAUGUCUAACAGCACGGUUUGUUACGAGGACGGACUUCUCCUGGGCAUCAAUCCUGACCAGUGUGGCUGUGAGGGCAUGGCGCCCAAACACUACGGCAUCAAGGGGUGGAACAAACUCAUCGACUUGUCAGGGCUGGAGUCAGGCAUUCUCACCUUCCUCGCCUCGGGAGACUAUGAGCUCAGGGCAACGGCUACAGACGCUAGCGGUGUGGAGCAGGCCUGUAUCGGUAUCAGAGUCCCGGUCAAGGAAUAUGUGGAUCCAAAUGCCGGCGGCGGAUGGCUUUUUGGCAAGAAGAAGCGAUCCAACUAACUCUGACGUAUACACACAAAGUAAUGACGUCGGCACAGCAUUCACUACGUCAUUGAAGAAAAUAUAUGUACGAAGGUUUUUGCGGUUGAAAUAAAAGAGU